GUUCUGAGCGACAUCCACCCAGUUGUAUAGCAACAACACGUGACGAGUUGAGACCUGACCAGAGUCCAUACAUGGCCACUGUCCCUCUCAAACCUUGGAAACGUGUCAGUGAAGCAACCUAAUGUAAGGCAAGGCAGUGGACAAAGAAAGAUACUUGGCAAGGAGAACAAAUCAGAACAAUAUGACUCCUAAAGUUCUCCAUCACAUCCACCUACUCAUCGCUGUGUUCCAUCUGGCCUGCGGUGGCACAUUCUCCAGAAGCAAAACAAAGUCGCAACAACACCAGGCCCAGCCACACUACAACGAUGGCCAUUCACAACAGCUCUUCUUAGGGAAUGAGAUGCCUUUACUGGGUCAGUAUGGCAUGGAGCUCCCUCAGCUUCCAUUUGAAUUGGGCAAAGAGCGGCUAUCGACAGAACGCAAAGGACAAACAUUCGCCAGAGGAGCCAAAGGUCCACCUCCCCCUGGUCCUGCUGGAGAAGGUUUCCGCAUUGGACCUCAGGGAGUUCAGGGCCCACCAGGGCCUCAAGGACCACCAGGGCUGCCAGGACAGGGAUUGCCAGGAAUACCAGGAAAAGCAGGUCCUACUGGUCCUCAAGGGUACCCAGGAAUAGGUAAACCAGGAAAUCCAGGAUUGCCUGGAAAACCAGGGGGACAUGGAUUGCCUGGGCCACAAGGUGACACAGGACCCACUGGUCAUGAAGGAGCAAAUGGACUUCCUGGCCCUCAAGGACUUCCAGGUCCACCUGGCCUACCCGGAAUCUCAAAGCCAGGAGGUCAAGGUCUGCCAGGACAAGUGGGUCUUCAAGGGGAGCCAGGUCAAAGAGGUUCUCCAGGGCUUCAUGGCCAACCAGGCCCCAGAGGAGAAAAAGGACUUGGUAUACCUGGUUUGUCUGGGUUGAAAGGACCGAGUGGACCACCAGGCCCACCUGGACAUGCUGGAAUGCCAGGGAUUGGCAAACCUGGUGUGAAUGGUCUUCCUGGGCAGCCAGGAAUGCUAGGAAAAGCUGGUCCUCAUGGUGAACCAGGACCAGUGGGACCACCUGGUGAGAGAGGCCACCCAGGGCCACCCGGCUCAUUGGGAAUUGGAAAACCAGGGAAGGAUGGAUUUACAGGCCAACCAGGGCUUCCUGGAGGCAAAGGUGAACCAGGCUUUCCGGGGUUACCAGGAAGUCAAGGUUUGCCUGGUUAUGGCAAACAAGGUUUUCCAGGACCCAAGGGUCACAAGGGACACAAUGGUUUUCCUGGAUCACCAGGUCCAAAAGGAGAAAAGGGUCAUGAAGGCCUUCCAGGCGUUAUUGGUCCUACAGGUUCUAGUGGUAGACCUGGUCCACCAGGCCCAAUGGGGCCCUCAGGUAAUAUUGGGUUCCCAGGACAAAAGGGUGAAGAUGGUGAUGGUGGCCUGAAAGGAAAUCCUGGAUUAAAAGGGGAUUUAGGAUUACAAGGCCUCCCGGGACGCCCAGGCUUCAUAGGUGAGGUAGGGCAACCUGGACUGAGAGGAUUUCAAGGACCAACCGGCCCCAAAGGCGAACCAGGUAACAGGGGUAUAUUUGGCCCCCCCGGUACUGCAGGAUUACCUGGCCCAAGAGGAGAGGUCGGACAACCUGGUGAUAAAGGCCACCAGGGACCGCAGGGGAUUCCAGGACUUUCAGGACCAGGUGGACCAAUUGGACCUCCUGGUAUGCCUGGUCAAAAAGGAGAAACAGGCCCUCCUGGAGUACCUGGCUAUCCUGGUGAGGGAAUACCUGGACCUGCUGGUCAGAUUGGUCCUAAGGGAAGCUCUGGCCCUAUUGGGCCUCACGGACUUCCUGGACAACCAGGGCAACCUGGACCUCCAGGACCACCUGCAACAUAUCCUGACCUUGGACAAACCCUUCCAGUAUCUGGUCCAUACAGUGGUCAACAACAAGUUUUCAAAAAGCCAAGGAAUGGUGGCUACAUAGGUAAAAAUGCCUUGGAGAUGCCAGCUUUCACUGUAAAGCGAACCGAUCCAUUCCCUCCUGUUGGUUCUCCCGUGAUUUUCGACAAGGUUUUACACAACAGUAAUCAGGAUUACAGUCCUCAAAGUGGUGUUUUUACAUGCAGCGUACCAGGGGUUUACUAUUUUGCUUACCAUGUCCACUGCAAAGGGAGUAAUGUGUGGGUAGCACUAAUGAAGAACAAUGAGCCCAUGCUGUACACUUACGAUGAGUGCACCAAGGGCUUGCUAGAUCAGGCAUCAGGUAGCGCUGUACUCCCUUUACAGCAGGCUGACACUGUGCAUGUACAGCUGCCAUCUGAACAGGCAGCGGGACUUUAUGCUAGCCAGUAUGUCCACGCCACUUUUUCUGGGUACUUAUUGUACCCAAUCUAAGUGAAAACACAUGUAUUUAGAAAUGACAUGAUUGAAGCAGGAAUUGUACAAAUUACAGUAAGUGAAAAUGUUUUCAUGUGCUAUUGCAACAUAGUCACAGUCUUUGUUUGAUAUUGCAAUAAAAUCAUUACAUCUGUAUUUACAUAUGAACGAAGUGUCUUUUACAGAAAGGUGCUGACCAGUCUUAUGUACAAUAACUGUCUGCAGCUUCAUAAACAUUUUAUUUGAUAGUUUCGAGGGAGCAAAUAUGUCACUGUCUAAUGACAGAGAUGAUAGAUUAAAUGGCUGUCACUUACUCAUUAUUGUUGACUUUUUCUUGCAACUUUUCUUAAAAUGCUCAUGGCAUAUUAAUGAAGAGAAACAUUUGGAUUUGUGCUGCAGAAUCAACUGCUUUUAUUUGUAAUACAAACUUUAUUAAUUUAUUUUACAAAUACUGUACAUGCACAGCAUGCCAGCUAGUAAAUCCUAUCUACAUUGUUUGAUACAAGUCUUGACUUGUGGAUGCAAAGUGGAAAAAGUGUUUUCAGCGUUUUGCCCAAACAAAGGCUGUUGUACUAAUAACUGCAGUUAAAUAUUUUUCCUUUUGCCAAGCAGUCGUGGGAGAUUGUUGUUUUGCUUCUAAAAUGGAAUACCCCCCCCCCACACACACACACAAAUGUGUUUGACUAAUGGUUAUUUACGGUAUUACUUUAGUAUAGUAAACUUGUGAUUCCAUACUGAAGAACAAAAAUGUGAAUAAUGCGAAAAGUGUGUAGGUGAAGAUACAACCCCAAUUCCAAUAAAGUUGGGACGUUGUGUUAAACAAAUAAAAAAAAUAAUAUAAUGAUUUGCAAAUCAUCCAUCCAUCCAUUUUCUGAGCCGCUUCUCCUCACUAGGGUCGCGGGCGUGCUGGAGCCUAUCCCAGCUAUCAUCGGGCAGGAGGCGGGGUACACCCUGAACUGGUUGCCAGCCAAUCGCAGGGCACAUACAAACAAACAACCAUUCGCAUUCACAUUCACACCUACGGGCAAUUUAGAGUCUCCAAUUCAUGCAUGUUUUUGGGAUGUGGGAGGAAACCAGAGUCCCCGGAGGAAACCAGAGUGCCCGGAGAAAACCCACGCAGGCACGGGGAGAACAUGCAUAUGAUUGAGCACACAGGCGGGGCCGAGGAUUGAACCCCGGUCCUCAGAACUGUGAGGCAGACGCUCUAAUUGAUUUGCAAAUCAUGUUCAACCUCUAUUUAAUUGAAUACUCUACAAGGACAAGAUUUUUAAUAUUCAAACUGAUAAACUUUAUUGUUUUUGGCAAAUAAUCAUUAACUUAGAAUUUUAUGGCUGCAACACGUUCCAAAAAAGCUGGGACAUGGU